CGUUCAAUGGAAGAAUCCAAGCAUGUGUGCAAGUUCUGCAGGAAAAUCUUCCCGUGCGGAAGAUCCUUGGGGGGUCACAUGAGGUCCCACGUCUCCGGCAAUCAUUCAGCUGAAACAGAGGAUUCACUUGCAGCGACGAAGCUCUCGCGUGUCGAGAAGGAGAAUGGCGAAGCAGCGGCUUCUGCUACUGGCUAUGAUCUGAGAGAGCAGAGGAAGAAGACUUGGAGAGUCGCUGAUUCGAGUGACGGCACUAAGGCAUCAGAAAAGUUGUGCAAGCAGUGUGGUAAAGGGUUUCGCUCUUGGAAGGCUCUGUUUGGUCACAUGAAAUGUCACUCCCAGAAAGAAAGAGCUUCUGUUACUGAUGAUGAUCAUAAUCAUAAUAGCUUGGAAGAUCAAGAUUCAUGGACUGUCAUGGAUAGCCAGUCUGACAAUGAACCUCCCAGGCCAAGAACAAGAAUAAGAUCCAAGAGAACAAGAACGACUACAACCUCGUCUCUGUCCUUCUCCAACCUUUCCUCUUCUGUUUCUGAAAUUGAGCAAGAGCAAGAAGAGGUCGCUUUGAGCUUGAUGAUGCUUAGCAGGGGCGUGGCUUCACGGGGAUCUCGAGAAAUGGGGUCCGAGAAGAAACCAAAAAGAUCAGAGCUUUUGACCCCUGAUCACUUUCCAAGAAGUGGGUCUAGCAAGAGCAAGACAAGGAUGAUAGAUUUUCAGUCUGCAAUGGAGGAUUCUGAGGAAGAUGAUAAAGAGCAAGGGAAGAGGAAUUUCAAGUUCUUAGGUUCAGAAUUGAACUCAAAUCCUUCCAGGAGUUCUGACAGAAGAAGCAAGUUCGAGUGUGCUACUUGCAACAAGGUCUUCCGUUCUUACCAAGCUCUUGGUGGCCAUAGAGCCAGCCAUAAGAAGAUCGCCAGAGACUGCUUUGUUCCAAUAGAUGAGACCAGUGAUAACUCUAUAAAACCUGAUCUGUCUCACCAUGAAGCAAUUUCUGGUUCGGAUCUUCAUGAAGAUGCAGAGUUGGACAAGAGCAAAGAUCAUGAACGCUCAAUCAGCCUCAAGAGUUUUCCAUCUGGGCAAGCAAUGGAUGGGCAUAAAAGAUCCCAUUCAACUGAGGCACCUGAGAGUAGAAAAGCAGAAAGUACAGAUUUGAUUGAGGAACCAGUUGAGAAAAUUAGGGAUUUGAUUGAUCUUAAUCUUCCAGCUGAUGCGGAUGCUGCAGAGGAAGAAGACAGCAACAAUAAUAGCAAUUCUGAGUGUUACAGAUCAUCACCCUGGUGGGUGAGAAGCAUCCACAACAAGCAGGAAGCUCUAGUAGGCCUAUUGUCUAACUAAUCAUAUCAUACUUCCAGAUUUCUCAGUGAAGAUUCAAAAUGUAUAGAACAAUGCUUCUUUUUUUUUUUUUUUGGGCUUCAUUUCUUUGGUUAAUUCUUUACGGGGUCCAUGUCUGAUGUUUUCUUCUGCUCAUGUUCUUCAAGGAGCUUACAAGAUGAACUUGAGAUGAUAUGGUAGUUCAUUAGUACUUUUCUCCU